GGCGCGGGAAGCGCGGGGCGGUGGCGGCGCCCAUGGCGGGCCCUGAGGAGGACGCUGAGGAGGGCUUCUAUCAGCGCUUCGCGGCCGAGCUGGAGGUGCUGGCCGAGCUGGGAGAUGACCCAUCCCCACCCACUGGUCCCAGGGUCUCCCAGUUCCGCAGCAGGAAGCAGCCUCAUCCCUCUCAUGACCCCAUUGGGGGCACCAACCCCAAGAAGCGGGACAGGAUCCACGUCCCACCCAGCUCUCCACCCACAGCCCACACCCCGAAACCCAAGCGACAGCGUCUGGAAGCAGUUAAGAAGCUCAGCUUUGAUGAGUUGGCUCCUGAUGACCUCCAGGAUGCUGGCCCAGAAGAACCUCCUGCUCCCCACACUGCCAGCUCAGACCACCUGGAGGUGAGUGGCAUGGCCCCGCUGCAGACCACGCCGCCCUCUGUGAAGAAGCAAGUCCUCAAGCGGCCACCCAUUCUGGAGGACUACAUCAAUGUGACGUCCACCACGGGCACCAGGGUCUUCAUGGUGGUGAGGGAUGAUCCCUCCAGGACAGGGGUGGAGCUCCCGGAUUCCCUGGGCUGGAAUGCGCACAGGCCGCUCCACUUGCUGGGGGUGCCUUUCUCCUACCUGAAGGAACAAGUGGAUGAAGAGCGUCGCAGGCAUGUUCUGGAAGCAUCGCAGCAGCUAACAGAGAUAAUAAACAGUUGCCUUGAGAGUGAGACCAGCACCGAGAGCUCAGAGCCUAGCAGGGAAGAGGAGCCAGCAGACGAGGAGGAGUCUGCGCUGCAUUGCCUCUGGGUGGACAAGUUUACUCCCCGGCGCUAUGUGGAGCUGCUCAGUGAUGAUUACACGAACCGCUGCCUUCUGAAGUGGCUCAAGCUCUGGGACACGGUGGUGUUUGGGAAGGAGAAGGUUGUGAAAAAGCCCAAGCCCAGCACUGAGGCUCAUCCUCCAUUCCACCAACCCAAGGAACAGCAGAAUAAAUGGAAAACAAAGGUCCAGCUCACGGAGGAGAUUCUGGAGGCUGAGCUGGACCAGCACAAGAGACCCAAAUACAAGGUAGCCCUGCUCUGUGGCCCGCCCGGCCUGGGAAAGACCACGCUGGCCCACGUCAUCGCGAAGCACGCAGGGUACAAUGCUGUAGAGAUGAAUGCCAGCGACGACCGCAGCCCCGACGUUUUCAAAACUCGCAUUGAGGCUGCCACACAGAUGAAGUCUGUGCUGGGUGCCAAUGAGAAGCCCAACUGCCUGAUCAUCGAUGAGAUAGACGGUGCGCCCGCGGCAUCUAUCAACGUGCUGCUAAACAUCAUCAGCCGUAAGGAUGUGGAGGGUGAGGCAGCAGCCGGUGCGGGCCGGAGGAGACGGCGCGAGGGAGGACUGCUGCUCAGGCCCAUCAUCUGCAUCUGCAACGACCAGUACGUCCCUGCUCUCCGGCUGCUGCGGCAACAAUCGUUCCUGCUAAACUUCCCUCGGACGGCACCAUCUCGGCUUGCCCAACGGCUCUGCGAGAUCGCCCUGCGGCAGGGCAUGCGUGCGGACAUGGGUGCGCUGCUGGCGCUGUGUGAGAAGACUGAGAACGACAUCCGCUCCUGCAUAAACACCCUGCAGUUCCUGCACCGCCGAGGCCAGAAGGAGCUGAACGUGCAGAUGGUGCAGACAAUGAAGAUCGGUUUGAAGGACCAAAACAAGGGGCUUUUCUCCAUCUGGCAAGAGAUCUUCCAGCUCCCAAAGAUCCAAAGGCACAGGAUAGGAAUGGACCCCACUUUACCAGCCCAACUCUUGGUGGGCGAUGAGGACCUGUCGCACCCUGGGGGGACAGCUGGCUUCAACGCAUCCUCCCACCGCUUCCACCACAUUCUGCACCUUGCCAUCUCCUCAGGGGAGCAGGAGAAGCUGGCCCAGGGUCUGUAUGACAAUUUUCUGAACAUGAAGCUGCGGGACUCCAGUUUCAGUUCGGUAUGCAUGGCCCUGGAGUGGCUGGGCUUCUGUGACCUGCUGAACUGGGCUGUCCUGCAUGGACAGAGCUUCCAGCUGAUGCGAUACCUCCCUUUCCUACCCGUGGCUUUCCACCUGCUCUUUGCAGCCACCAACAUCCCCCGGCUUGCUUAUCCUAGCAGCCAGCCCGAGGCCUUGGCCAAGCUGAACCACAUGCAGAACCUCGUCAUGUCCAUGGUGUCAGGGAUAACGCCUAGUGCCCGCAGCCGCAUGGGACAGCAGUCUUUCAUCUUGGAGGUGCUCUGCCUGCUGCUGGACAUCAUCGCCCCAAAGCUUCGACCAGUGAACACCCAGCUCUACAGCCUGAAGGAGAAGCAGCAGCUGGCAGACCUCAUCAGCACCAUGCUGGCCUACAACCUCACCUACCACCAGGAGCGCCUGCCCGAGGGCCAGUACGUCUACAAGCUCGAUCCGAACGUGGAGGAUGUCUGCCGGUUCCCGGACCUUCCGGCUCGCAGGCAGCUGACCUACCAGGCCAAGCAGCUCAUCGCCAGGGAGAUUGAGCUGGAGAAGAUGAGGAGGAUGGAGGCUUUGCUGCAGGCACGAAACGUGGACGAGGAGCCCAGGAAUGGCCUCGGCGAAGCAGCGGAGAACGUGGAGGUGAAGCCAGUGGUGCCCCCCAACCAUCAGCAGCGCCUGGAGCACAUCGUCCGGAGGGCGGCGGUGGAGGACAAGCCUGAGACCGACUUCUUUGGACGGCCGCUUCGACGGCAACAGGCAGCCACAGCCCCGGCCUCUCAGGCCUCCAAGGAAGAGUCGAUCGAGAGCCAGAUGGGAAAGGCCGUGGGGAAGAGCGACGUCUGGUUCCGAUUUAAUGAAGGAGUUUCCAACGCUGUCAGGAGGAAUAUCUACAUCAAGGACCUGCUCUAGCCAGGCAGAAAUUGAGGCUCAAGAAGGAACUGAAGGGAUAAAGGAUUUUCCAACCCGUGGACAGGGUGUAUGCGUGAUCCGCAGUUGGUUUUUUUAAGUGUGUAUUGUUAAAAAA